AUGGGUUCCUACAGUACAUCCUCCUGUCAGCGAGGUCCAAAGUCCGGCGGAAGUUCAAGUUCGACCAACAGUGAUGCCUCGGACCGUUCGAAAAGCACGGCCCCUACGAUCUACAGCGAUCGACCCACCCCUAUGACGGGGGUAACGAUGGCUUUUGAUGGGGAGGAAGACCCCAAGGCCUCGGUUACGACCUACACGUCCACCAACCCCUCUGUGGGUGAUCUUCCCGAACCGCCGCGCUACCAAGUAACCGACCGUAAAUUGGACAUCUUCUCCCCGGAUGUCAUCCCGUCAAAUCCGUCCACUUUUGGACAAUUGUUCCCCUCGUCACGACGGCUUCUGGUCCGACAUGACGAUGCGACGCUGGAUGGCAACAUGAACCUGCGGGUCGACACCAUGGUUCCGCAACGUGGAGGGUACCAACAAGCCGUCACCUUGUUUCAUCUCCGCAUGUAUGAUCUAUUUUCGCGAAAAUUCUCAUUCCGUCGCUACAGUCGCGAUUCGGGACGAGAAGUGUGCCAUUCAGAAAGGAGGCCGGUGCCUGGGUCCGACCGGCAUGCAGUCUUUCGAAAGUCGUGGAGCAGCGUGUUGGCUAGCUUGCGGCCGGGGUCGAGUGGACAUGGAUCUGUACCCGUUGCGGAACAUAGGCGCCAGGACUCAGGAUACAAGUUAGCGGACGACAACGAGGAAGAGUGGGCGGACCAACAGUUAGAGACCAAGACUGCUAUGGAUCGCCAUCAGUCCGUACUCACCGAGAGCACGUUGUUGGAGUUUUCUAACUAUGCUCAUGUAGAGCUGAGACGACGAGGUGCUGGGCAAUCGAAGCGGUAUGAGUUUGAGUAUUGGUCCACAAGAUACCAAUGGAGACGGGAGUGCCGGAGGGAGGGCGACCUGCGGGAGUUGUCGUAUCAUCUGAUCAACCUGCGCACCUCCAAGCCAGUCGCCCAUAUCGUACUCGAAAUCCUCGCUCCCAUGGAAGCCGUCGAGGAGGAGCGCAAGGGCGGAUGGGUUCCUCCGUCCUCCAUGUGGAUCAGCGAUCCGUCCGUGUACGAGAAGAUGCCUGACGUUGCCGAUGUGAUUGUUGCCACCGGGCUAGUGGCACUAGUCGACGACUGUAUUCGUCGGAAAUGGCAUUCGAAAAAACAUUCGCAACUCAUUCAUCCCGUGCGAUCAACGUUGUCGAAGAGCAUUGAGCUCAUGGGUCCCAGGCGGUUCCUUGAUGAGGUGUUCCAUCGACGGGGAUCCGCCUGA